UAGUUUGUGGUUAACUAUUCUUACUCUACCCAUUGCCCAACCCUUAUCAUAUUUCCCUCCUAAUCAUGCACUUUUUCCCUAUUUCUUCUUCUUCUGGUUCUCUUUUAUAGACUCUUUCUAUAUAUACCUAACUUAUUGUGUUUCAGACCUGCACAUUGUUAUCUUUCUCUCUCUCAAAAGAUGGUUUUAGUGACCAGUCAUGAUGAUGCACAUCAGGACACUGCGGUAGAUUUUCGUGGAAAUCCGGUGGACAAGUCAAAAACUGGAGGAUGGCUUGGUGCAGGACUAAUUCUAGGAACCGAGCUGUCGGAGAGGAUAUGUGUGAUGGGUAUAUCGAUGAAUCUAGUGACAUAUUUAGUUGGAGAUCUGCAUAUUCCAGCUGCAAAAUCUGCAACCAUAGUUACCAACUUCAUGGGUACUCUCAACCUUCUUGGACUUCUUGGUGGUUUCUUGGCAGAUGCUAAACUCGGUCGGUAUUUGACAGUUGUAAUCUUUGCAUCCAUAACCGCUGUGGGCGUAACUAUGUUAACAUUCGCUACAACCAUCUCUGGCAUGAGACCUCCAUCGUGCGAUGACUACAGAAAACAACAUCAUCAGUGCAUUGAAGCCACUGGCCAGCAACUAGCGCUGCUCUAUGCAGCACUGUACACCAUAGCACUUGGUGGUGGUGGAAUCAAGUCAAAUGUAUCAGGUUUCGGAUCUGACCAAUUCGACUCGGGAGAUCCUAAAGAAGAGAAAGCUAUGAUUUUCUUCUUCAAUAGAUUUUACUUCUGCAUUAGUCUCGGGUCAUUGUUUGCGGUAAUAGUGCUGGUAUACAUGCAAGAUAACAUAGGAAGAGGGUGGGGAUAUGGAAUUUCAGCAGGGACAAUGGUAAUUGCCGUAGCUGUAUUACUUUGUGGGACACCAUGGUACCGUUUUAAGAAGCCUCAAGGAAGCCCUUUAACUGUGAUGUGGAGGGUUUUGUUCUUGGCAUGGAAGAAGAGGAGCCUUCCUUAUCCUUCUCAUCCCAGCUUUUUGAAUGAUUACCAAAAUCCUAAGGUCCCUCACACAGACAAGUUUAAAUGUAUCGACAAGGCUGCAAUUGUGGAUGAUCACGCCCCAGCUGGCGGUAAUAAGAACAACCCUUGGAUAGUUUCAACAGUAAUGGAGGUUGAAGAAGUGAAGAUGGUGCUUAAGUUAAUGCCUAUUUGGUCUACAUGUAUCCUAUUUUGGACAGUUUACUCUCAAAUGACUACUUUCACUAUUGAGCAAGCAACCUUCAUGGACCGAAAGGUCGGCUCCUUUGAAAUUCCUGCAGGUUCAAUGUCUACUUUUCUAUUCAUUUCUAUUCUCCUCUUCACAUCCCUCAAUGAAAGACUCUUUGUCCCGUUGGGUCGAAAGAUCACCCACAACCCCCAAGGACUAACAAGCCUUCAGAGGGUCGGUACGGGACUUAUCUUCUCCAUAAUUGCCAUGGUUGCUGCGGCUCUUGUAGAGAAAGAAAGGAGGGACAUUGCGGUUCAAAAUGGUACUAAGAUGAGCGCUUUCUGGCUUGUACCACAGUACUUCCUAGUGGGUGCAGGCGAAGCGUUUGCUUAUGUUGGACAACUUGAGUUUUUCAUCAGAGAGGCACCAGCGAGGAUGAAAUCAAUGAGCACAGGGCUGUUCCUAAGUACGCUCUCGAUGGGUUUCUUUGUCAGUAGUUUGUUAGUGUCUUUAGUUGACAAAGUGACUAAGAAAAUCUGGCUCAGAAGCAACUUGAACAAGGGAAAGUUAGCUAACUUCUACUGGGUGCUUGCUAUCCUAGGAGUCUUGAAUUUUUUUGCUUUUCUCGCAAUUGCAACACGACAUCAGUACAAAGUUCAGCAGUCUGCUGAACCCGAGGACUGUGAUGAAAAAGAGCUUAAAACUACCAACGAUUUGAUGAUUAAAGAAGUGGAUAAGGAGGGAGCCCUAGUAUAAUGUUCGCAAGUGCAUUUCUGUUAUAACAGUCCAAUAUAUUUGUAUUUUCAUUUGCAGCCAGUAGAAAUAGAAAAACUAUAGUUGUAUUCUCAUGUUAAUUAUUCAAUUUUGAGGCUCAUUGAAGUUAGUGAAUAUUAAGAUAGAAUGUUGUGUGAAUAUAUUCAAACAAUAUAUUAAAGUGUUAUCAGGCUUG